AUGGCUUCCUUAGCGUUGGGUCUGGGGAUCGUAGUGGCCAAGUCCCUUGUCAUUGCAAUAUGGACUGCCAUCAUUGCUCCAUUCCGCGGUCAAAAGGGGGGCGCCACAGCUUACAAGCAUAUUGCACUGUCUUUUACACGCGCUCUCUUCCGAAAUGCAUCCAUGGAGCAGAUUCAACUUGCUCUUACCCCCGCUUUGGCUCUGAAAAGUUAUGAAGCCCACAUGAAACAGCAAAAAGCCUCUCCCAACAUACUCGUGCUUCCCGAAGAUACAACUGCAUUCUGGCUUGGUAACCCUGCUGCUGAAAGGUUGAUCAUCUACUUUCCCGGUGGCGGCUAUUCCCUCCCCGCGCUACCAAACCACUUCAGUCAUGUCGAAGCUCUCUUCACGGACAUAAAACAACAUGGGAAUAGUAUUGGUGUGCUAUUUCUUGCCUAUGAACUUACCCCCAAAGCCCGAUGGCCUCGUCAGUUGCAACAGGCCGUUAUAGUUCUGCGGUACGCCAUCGAGACACUAGGAAAACGUCCGUCAGACAUUAUUCUUCAAGGUGACUCGGCAGGUGCUCAUCUUGCACUUGCACUACUAUCACAUCUCGCUCACCCGCAUCCUCAAAAGAUCGUGCCAAGAUUUUCGGUUGAUGAACCCCUCAGAGGAGCGAUGUUGUUGUCCCCUUGGGUUGACUUCAGAACCGAUCACGCGAGCUCCAGGGAAAACGCGGAUAGAGACGUUAUUACGGCCCAGACUUUGAAUAGCUGGGCACGGAUAUUUCUGGGUCAGACCGUGGAAGAUGGGUACACCUGCCCCACCAAAGCCCCAGCGGGUUGGUGGAGAGACCUUCCGGUUUCAAGAAUCUUUGUUGGCGCGGGAGGAGACGAAGUCCUGUUGGAUCCGAUUAAGCAGACGGCCGAGAAGAUGAAGGCUGAACUCCCCGACGUGAGCAUUAAUACGCCCUGGAUUGCAGUUCAAGGCGAUGACAUCGUGGUUGAAUCAGACCUUGUUCGAGGCAAACAUCGCAAAGUCCGCUGCAAUUUUGCGUCUGAUAGCGACCAAAGCUGCAGAGAAUGUCUCGCCCGGGGACUUCCAUGUCGAAGCCAAGAAUUCCCGGAGCCUGAGAAUUCCCGCGAGUCGGACCGCACAUAUCUGAACGAGCGGAUGGCUCGGGUGGAGUCUCUGUUGGAAAAGCUUUUGAUACGAGUCGAGGGUGGUAGCAGUCAGCAGCACGACUCGAAAUCACUCAUAGACUCGGUGGAAACCAGUCCCGAAGGGAGUCCCCCGAUUGUGACAACAGCGACCGUGACACCAGCUCCGGACAAUGCUCCAGUUUUGUCUCUUUUUGACAACGAUGCGCUAGGUUUCCAACGAUCAGACACCGCUGCAUCCGAUUUCACACCUUAUGGAACGAUCAACCGGGAUUGGGGGAGAUUGCGCCGCGAUCUGAUAGCCUUGAUACCCUCACAAAAGACAUUGAAGAUCAUAUCUGAGGCUAGCAGUAGCUGGUGGCUUAUGCGCAUGCAGUUAUUCAAUGACGACGAUAAAUCAUUGCUGUCGUCCUCGGAGGGAGAACUUCGAAGCAGCCAUCCGUCUAUGGUAGGUAAGGCUAUCCUGUGGAUUGCACUGUGUCUCCAACAACUCCCCUCGGAGUUUGAUUUGGCCUCUCUCGAUCUCCCCUGUCUACCAUGGGUCCUAGUUGAAGAAUGCAUCGCCCGUGUUUCUACACUCGUCUGCUCUGAUGACUCUAUUGUCAGUUGUAUCGACGGGCUCGAGUGCUUGGUUCUGCAAGGGAUGAUAUUUAGUAAUGACGGGAAGUUACGAAGUGCAUGGCUUUCUUAUCGUCGGGCUGCAGACAUCGCUCAGAUAAUCGGGUUUCACCGUGCUGAACCAGCUCCCAAUGAAAGCGCCGAGUAUCAACAUCGGGCUACAUUCAUCUGGAGACACAUUCUCAUGGUUGACAGGCAUUUUUCAUUGAUCCUUGGUGUGCACGGAGCUAUAUCAAACACGGCAAUAGAUCUAUACCAAUCGAACCCAAGUGACUCUCAAGAUUUGCCCGUCCACAAUGAAUCCGUCCUAAACCCGCUUGCUCGGAUAGCCGGAUCAAUCAUUGAGCGCAAUCAGAUCUUCACAGAAGUCACUCCGGCCAUGCUGCAGAUGACACAGGGCAUUGAUACGGCACUUCAAGCUUUCGAGCCACCUCCUCUGGCAUCACCCGAUAAUGUCCCACCAGGCAAGUGUACCGAGCGGUCCGUGUGUUUCCUAAGCCUUCACUAUCGGUUAUGGUACUACCAGCUCAUGACAUGGUUACACCUGCCUCUUCUACUAGCAUCAGGUACUGACAACUUCUAUAAUUACAACCGGCAAACGUGUCUCCACGCAUGCCGCAGCAUUAUCGCUUGCUAUGUCAAUAUCCGACGCACCACUGAAAACGGGUUUGACUCGAGGAUUCUUGAUUUCCAAGCCUUCACAACAGCAAUGACAAUCAUUGUCAGUUCACUUGGACCAUUUGGCCCACUGGACUUGACCAAAGAAGAUUACCUGGCUAUCGACCUGGUUGUGGCUGUUCUAGAGCAACUAUCGAAGAGCGUCCCUCCAGACAAGAUCUCAACUCGCGCGCUGCACGUUUUGAAGCUUAUCAGGGCGAUAGGAAUGGGAACUGAGCCCCCACCACUUGACGAGUCAGAAGGACACCAAUACGAGAAUGGAAGGCCGAGUCGAAUCAAGCUUGAUAUACCCUAUUUCGGCACGAUAUACCUCGAACGUCGUGCGAUCCUCGAUCAAUCUAAGAAUAUCACCGAUGCUACUACAUCGCCGCCGACUUUCCCCAGCACUUCUCCUGGGCAGUACUAUCCAUCAUCUUCAUGGAUGGGCACGAUCCCAGACCGGGGUUAUGCAAAUCAGCAGGUUGCGGAAACCGCCCAAUGGGCGGAUACUAGCUUGAGCUUUGAUCUGCCUACUGAGUUUUGGGCUCUCAAUUCUCAGUUUACGUUUCAGCCUCCAUUUUUGGCUGAUUAUGAUGUUAAUUGGGAUUAUUGGGAUAUGAUGUUAUGA